GCAAGCAAGAAGAAGAACGGUUUUGAUUUGGUGGUGUCACCGCACCUGGAGAAACGAGGUGAAAGUUAAUGUUUAAAUAGUCAUAUUUGCAGCGAUGCAGUUUGCAUGCAGAGGUAUUAAGAUGAUUUUGUAAUUCUUUGUCGUCGAACAUCUCCCUUUAAGAGGUGCACCGGUGUGCGUUUGCGUUGACUUGUUAGCGACUGAUAGAGAUGGAUCAUCAAAGCAGUUUGACUGAUGACCCCAGGCCAGAAGACAUAAAGAGCGAUGUUCAACAAACGGAUGCAAAAGGAGAGCUUCAAACGUCCGAUCAAACUAAAGACCACAUACCAUUAGAGAACACACCCGAUGGCCUGGCUUGUCUAAAUUCAGCAGACUGUGUGUCUGCAGGUGUAGGGGAUGAAUCGGGUACUUCAGAAAGCAGAAGUGACCAAACUCACAACAGCAAUGGACAGAAAUUGAGGCGAGCCAGUUCACCCGGUCCUCACCCAGUUAAAACAUCCUGCGUUGCUGCACACCCGUCAAAUGCAAAACUCACCCGUUGUCUUAGUAACAGUCCCACAAAAAUUUCUGGCAUACCCAAUGAUGUGGAAAUGCUGAGUCCUGACAGUCCACCGUGCGACACUGUAGUCAACAGUCUAUCAGAUUGUUGUGAUGGUCCGGUUGGCUGUGCGGAGGACUCUGCAAAGGAUCCGGGUUUAAAAUCUCAGCAGGUUGUGAAAGAUUCCGACUCUGGAAGUUUGACUCAGGAAAAAGUCUGUCCUGUCACCACAAGCACCGAAGAAAAAGAUGCGGAGAUGGGGGAGUGCAGCGGCUCGUCUGAUAUGAGUCAGGACUUAAUUGAGAGCCAGCCAGCUGCGAUUAGUAAAAGUUUUCAGUGUAACUUGGACAAAGCAUGGCUCGGGACUCCCAUAGAUGAGCUCAACAGAAGACCUCAAUGCGCUCCACCUCUGUCUCACCUAAAAGCAACGCCGAAUCAUACUGUCACAGUUAGGACAGAUCUCCUCAGAGAGGGAGAAGUCCCCAUCCCAUACCCCUCCAAGUUCAGAGAUGUGUGGGAUGAUUUGUCUGUUAAGAUGCCCUGCUCUGAAAAAAAUCUGUUUCCUUUGGAGACUGAGGAUGGAAGUGGUUUCCAGAGUCGGUGGGAACUGAUCCAUACUGCCUUACACAGAGGAUUCAAAAGUUGUCUGGAUGUCAGGGAUGCAAUACUGAGGUACAACACGGCCCAUGCAAAGAAGUGGGACUUCACUGCCUUGAACCUUUUUUGCACAGAGUAUCUUGAGCAUUGUGAGGUGCAACAGCUGUUUGAGGGCAUUCUACCUAAUAUGGUAGAGCUCGCACUUAGUGCGCCUCGCCUCUGCACAAUGCCAAUUCCUUUACUUAAGUCAGGUAUGAACCAUUCCCUGACUCUGUCUCAGGAGCAAAUAGCCUGUCUUUUGGCCAACGCCUUCUUCUGCACAUUCCCUCGACGCAACUCCCGCAAGUCGGAGUACUGCAACUAUCCUGAGAUCAACUUCUACAGGUUGUUUGAAGGCUCUUCUCCUAGAAAAAUUGAGAAGUUAAAAACUCUGCUGUGUUACUUCAGGAGAGUUACUGAAACAAGACCUAAUGGUCUUGUUACAUUCACAAGACAAACUCUUACCAAUCCACCAGACUGGGAAAGUUCUCAGACUCAGCUGACGCGCCUACAUAUCACUUGUAAGGGGACAAUUGAGGAUGAUGGAUACGGGAUGCUUCAGGUUGACUUUGCAAACAGGUAUGUAGGAGGUGGAGUCACAGGAAAUGGACUGGUCCAGGAGGAGAUCCGGUUCAUCAUCAACCCAGAGCUCAUUGUUUCUCGUCUCUUUACUGAAGCUCUGGAACUCAAUGAAUGCCUCAUUAUAACAGGAACUGAACGAUACAGUAAAUAUUCUGGUUAUGCCGAGAGCUACAAGUGGCAGAAAAGCUACAAAGACGAGACCCCAAGGGAUGACUGGCAGAGAAGGUGUACAGAGAUUGUGGCCAUUGAUGCUGUUAAAUACAGACACUUCCUGGAACAGUUUCUUCCUGAGAAGAUUACCAGGGAACUGAACAAGGCAUAUUGCGGAUUUUAUCGAAGCAACAUUAACAUCAAGCACCUCCCUGCUGUAGCCACUGGCAACUGGGGCUGUGGAGCCUUUGGUGGAGACACACGCCUGAAAGCUCUGAUCCAGCUGAUGGCAACUGCCGAGGCCGGGAGAGAUGUCGCAUACUUCACAUUUGGAGAUGCUCAGCUUAUGAGAGACGUUCAUGAAAUGCACACGUUUCUCACUGAAAGAAGAGUUACAGUUGGACUGCUGUACAGCCUCUUCAUCCAGUACUUCAACGAAGAGUGCAAGAACUGUCGCACAACACGCCCCCACGUCACUCUCUACAGUUUCAUCUUUGAAAAAGUCUCCGCUUCCGCAGCGUCCAACCCUGAGAAGGAUUCUAGGAUGUCACAUGUGACACCAGAACCUCAAUAACAAGCCAAGAACUUUAACUUAAACUUUGUCUUGUGUUUAGAAUCACCUUUUCGCACACACGCACACACACCCAGACUCCCUUUAGGUUUGUGGUUCUGACACAAGCUACCAAAGCAGGGUUUUGUCUAUUUGCUGGUGGUAUUAUCGGAGCCUCGUAUUGUGACACCAAGUCUGGUGAAAGGUUUAUGAAACUAAUAGCAAUAGUGAAUUCUUGUUGCUCUUUGAGGCCUUUUUUUUCUUAAGUGCGAUCAAAUUUUUUUUUCUUUAACACCAAUUACAAUAUCCAUCAUAUGCAUGAUUGUGGUAAAGCUUCACUGUUGAAAUGCGGAAAUUACUGUAGUAAUUUUUCUUGCAUUUCAUUGUUUUUGUUAUUUUUGAACAGUUUGUCUCCUCUGUUUUCUUGAAUGCAGAGAGAAUGAGAUGCUGUACUGUAGUCUAUGCAUGGGAAACAUUUAUUUAUCACAUAUUCUCCUGAUGUCUGCUGCUCUUUUAUAUAAUCUAUGGCUGUAAGACCCCACAUGUCUUUAAGGCUUGUUUCAAAGCGUCAAAACAAUAAUCACUACCGCUAGAAUCAUCUCAGAUGGAAUAUACAGGAAAUGAAUGGUCACUGUCAUCGUUGACCUUUAUUGCUGAAUAACUUUAUAGUUAUUAAAUAUAAUCAGUGCUAAGCACAGUAUUAUCACUGUAUUUACUUAUAGAUUGUGAACAGAUAAUGAAACGCACGAAAGUCAUUAUUUUUAUCAAAGUUUUUACUCAAUUUUUGGUUUGAUGUGGGUAUGGUAUUUUAUUAUUUACUGUAUUUUCUUACAGUUUGUUUGACUGGGUGAUCGGCUUAGACAAAAAAUUGGGAUGUAAAUGUGCUGAAUGUUGUGUUUUAGGUUGUAAUAUUUUUAUCAUUUCUUAAUUAAAACAUCCCAAUAAAGGAGUGUUUCUUUGUUGAGAUUUAUACAGUUUGUAAGCUACAACAAAGAAUCAACAUUUUAAAAAUUAGCUGUGUUUAAAAUGUAAUUUUCCUCUUCGGAAUAAUUUUACAAGCGCAGGGCAGUGGUAAAGUAUUUGUAGCCUAUGAACAUUUCAGUGUAUUGCCAUGUUAAACCACAAAUUGAAUUGUGUUUUUGGGAAUACUUUUACAAAGUUUUGGGUAUAGGUGGACAGAUCCAUUUAUCUUUACGUAUAAGUGGACAUUUUUGUAGAUUCCAGGGCAAAUUAUGUUUAUUUGGAAAAAAAUCUCUACUUUCUUUUUUCAUUGAACAAAUUAAACCAAAACUGUCUAAAUAGUAAAAUAAAACUAUUACUAGAAUCUUUACCCCAAUUUCUGCAGCCUCAAAAUUAUUAAAUGCCCUAAAGAGAAAUUUUAAUUAAAGCUCGCUUUUGCAAAUCAGGUGUAAUCUCAGGCACACCUGAUGGAGGUUUUCAUUAGUUACAUCAUAUGUGCUUGAGACAAACAUUUAAAAAAUAAUGACCUUUUGAUGUUUCUUAGAAAUAACUUGGUUAAAAUGGCCGAAUCAGUUCAGGAAAAGUUUGUUGCCUUUCACCAACAAGUAGAAGGAUUUAAAAAGAGUCAAAUAAAUAAUUGAAUCAUUGGAGAUGUUACCACUUUUUUUUUUUCCCAGAUAGGACGUAUACCUACUGUUCUCAGAAAAAAAACUCAUUCAGCUUUAGCUCGGUUUUAUUAGAAGAAUAAGGGUUUCUACAUAACCUCAUGACGCAGACCUUCAUAAAUGGUGUGUAGGCUUGGCUGAGGUAACUGGAUUACACAUUAUCUGUGUCUCCUUGACUCUUUGUACUGUGCUCUGCAUUGACCAAAUGAGCUGUGGUCUCAUGUACUAAAUCAAUUUGGUUGGGCAGAUUCAGCAAUUGAGGGCUACUGUAACCCUUGUUUACCUGCACCCGAUAUUUUUGAUAAGCCAGCUACGGUGAUUAAAAAAAUUCAGACACCAAAUUCGGAUUGAAUGUGCCAGGCCGUUUUAAUAAAUGAGCCAUCAUAAUUUAUAGAGUUGCAGUUUUAAACCUUUUCUUAAAAAUGUAUAUUCCCGUAAACAGACUUUUAGAAAAAGUUGUCUUUUUGCAAUACUCAAAAAGUUAAAUAGGUGGCUUAGUUCGCUCCUGUAUAGUGAUCAUUCUGAACGGAAUCCUAUUUAACGACAUGCCUGUAAUGUUUCCCUGAGGCACCUCUCUUUUUGUCAUCAAACAUUGUUAAUAAAAUGCCACAAAGCAGCCAGUCUUCACUCCAUCUCUGUCAGGCAACAAAAUCACUACAACAAAGUGGCAUUUCAAUUCAUAAUUGCCUGACCCUGCCUUGUGCAGGUCAGCUGCAGAAUAAAUGCAAAUAAAAAGAUGUAAAGAGAAAACCUUCAUGGUGCGUCCAGUACUCAGAAAAACAUGCAAACGGGUUGAUGAGUAAGUAUUUAACGUUAAAAGGUUUAUGCAGCAUUUGAUCUUGGAACAGAAAAAAAAACCUUGCUCUUAUUAGAUAUGUCUGCAGCAUUCUGCAAGUGCUGCUGCCUUUUUUUACCCAUCUCAAUGAUGUUAUUGUCAAGAUUAAUGGUAUUGUUCUCUUCGUGCCAACGAGUAUGAAUGAUGAAAGUAGAUGAGGAGGGGAGUAGAGUUGGAGUGGGGGGAGAAAAGCUGCUGGAGGGAAAGAAGGGAGGGCCAAUUAUCUUAUUGUUUAACCCACUCUAGGUAGAGGCCCAUCAAUCUGGAAACACUUGCUCAAAUGACUCUUGUUCAGCCUCUAUAAAAGUUUAAUUGGUCUAUAUAAUUAAUACUGAAGAAAAAGAUGUGAUGUAUCCUAGACUGAAAAAUCGUUUCUGCGAGAGAAGUGGGAGCUCAGGCUUAUAAACACAAAUUCUAUUAUAUAUUUGUAAUAUUUCCUUUGUGGCCUUGGAGAUGAGGAAUCCCUGUGUCUCACUUGUGUGGUAGAGACCCAGAAAAAGCAAGACAUGUGGCAAGAACGAGUUGUGGUAACAAUUGUGCUGGGAUUCUAUCAUCUCAGUCAAAAAGCAGCAAAGAAAUGUUUAUGGCCUCCACUGGAUCUGCAUUUCAGUCUUUGAAUAGUUUCUUCCCUAACAUCCAAAGCUCCAGUCCAUCUGGUGAGGCAUGUGAGGGACAACCCCCUCCUCUGCUCCAGGGCCGAGAGUUACCCCAAUCACCAGACAUGGCACAGAAAGAGGCGUAGGACAACCUGGAUGUUUACUCUCAUCAGAUCAAAUGCAUCGCAUUCUCCCAGGCCAGCUGUAAGACUCACAUUCACAUCAGCUUUCGAUGAAAAGUGGGUUUGAUAUUUACUAAUAAAAACAUACUUUUAAGUUCUGUCUGGGUGCAGAGUCACAAUCUACCUCUCUAAGCUACAAGCAGCUUACAAGUGUUGGCAACAAAAUCCACUUCCACUUGGCAACUAAAUCCAACUGGCAUUUUGUUCUGCUUAUAGGAUGUCUGUACUUGUAUUAAAAUGAAUAUGCAAUUUGUUUGUCACUGCAAGUGUUUUAGCAAAUUACAAGAUUAACUUUACCCAAGUCCUUUUUUCUUUUACAGGGAAAUAUCAAAGAGACUACUUAAACAAAACAGGUGGUAACAUUUCUCCUCAGCCUCAAAUUAAUUCCAGGAUCUAUCCGAGGGAUUUAUUAAAUUCUGUCUUUUGGCAACGACGUCUUUUUCAUUCCCAACUAGUUUGCAAUACUUAUGGAAAUGUGUGUGCACAUAAAAAUGUAAGUGGAAUGCAGUGUAAGGACACAGUUAUUCUGCAGUAGCACUAAAAACUAUUAACAUUAGAUAAAAGCCAGACUUUCUUCUUUUUCUUUACAUUCUUUUCAUCUCCUUGUAUGAAUUUGUAAGUGCAUGUAUGAAUUCGCUUUUAUCAAACUAAAGUAAACCUUAGGAGAGCUGGA